AUGUUUGAUGGGGGGUGUUUGUUGUGGAGUGUGGUGUUGUGUUGGGUUGGGGGUGUGUUGUUUUGUGUUUGUGGUGGUUGGGUUUGGGGUUGUUGGGUGUGGUGUGGUUUUGGGUGGUGGUUGUGGUUGUUGGUUUGUGUGGUUUGGUGUGGUGGGGGUGUAUUGGGUGGUUGUGUGGUUUUGGUUUGUUGUUGUUUGGUGGUGGUUGGGGGUUGGGUGGGUGGGGUUGGUGUGGGGUGGUUGGGUUGUGUGGUGGUUGGGUUGGUGGGUGGGUUGGGUGUGGUGGUUUGUGUGUUUUGGGGGUUGGUUGGGGUGGGGGUGGGGUGUUUGGUUGUGUGUUUGUGUUGUGGGGUUGGUUUUUGUGGUGGUGUGGGUUUGUUGUGUGUGGGGUUUGGUGUGGUGUGUGUUGUGUUGGGUUGUGGGUUGUGGGUUGGUUUGUUGUUUGGUGUUGGUGGGUGUUGGUGGGGGUGGUGGGGUUUGUGGGGUGGUGUGGGUUGUGGUGGGUGGGGGUGUGUUUGUUGGGUGUUGUUUGGGUGUGGGGUGGUGGGGUUGGUGGGGUGUGUUUGGGUGGGUUGUGGUUGGGUUGGUGGGUGGUUUGGGGUGUGUGGGGUGGGUGUGGGUGGUUGGUGGGGUGUUGUGGGUUGGGUGUGGGGUUGGGGGUUGUGGGUGGGGGGGGGUGGGUGGGGGUGUUGUGGGGGUUGGUUGGGUGUGGGGGGGUGUGGGUGUGGUGUGUGGUGGGUGUUGUUGUGGGUGUUGGUGUGGUUGGUUGUGUUGUUGGUUGUUGGGUGGGUGUUGUGGGGUGUGGGUGUUGUGGGGUGGGUGGGUGGGGUGUGUGGGGGGUUGUGUGGUGGGGUGGUGUUGGUGGUUGGGGUGUGGGGUGGGGGUGUGUGUUGGGGUGGUUGUGGGUGUGUUGGUGGGUGUUGUUGUGGUUGGGGUUGGGGUUGGGUGGUGGGUUGGGUGGGGGGUUGGGUUGUGUGGGGUGUGGGUGGGGUGUGUGUUGGGUGGUUGUGGGGGGGGUGGUUGUUGUGGGUGUGGUGUGUGGGGGUUGGGUUGUGUGGGGGUGUGUUGUGGGUGGGGGUGGGUGGGGUGGUGGUGUUGGGGGUUUGGGUGUUGGUGGUGUUUUGGGUGGGUGUGUGGGGGUGUUGGGGUGGGUGGUGGGUGGUGGGGGGGUGUGGUGGUUUGUUGGGUUGGGGUGGGUGGGUUGGGUGGGGUGGUGGGGGGGUUGUGGUGGGUUGUGGGUUGUUGGGUGGUGGGUGUGUUGGUGGUUGUUUUGGUGGUUGGGGUGUUGGGUGGUUGUGGGUUGGUGGGGGUUGGUUGGGUGUGGUGGGGUGUGGGUGGGGUUGUGGGGUGUGUGUUGGUGGUUGGGGUGUGGUGUGGGGGUGUUGUGGUGUGGUUGUUUGUUGGUGUUGUGGGUUGUUGGGUGGGUUUGGGGUGGUGGUUGUUGGUGUUGUUUGGGGUGGUUGUGGGGUGGUGUGGGGUGUGGUGGGGGUGUGGGGUGGUUUGGUGGGUGUGGGUUGGGGGUGUUUGGGUGUGGUGUUUGGUUUGGUGGGGGGUUGGGGUUGUGGGUGGUGUGUGGGUGUGGUGGGGUUGUGUGGGUGUGGUGUGGUGUUGUGGGGGUGUGGGGGGUGUGGGUUGGGUGGGUGUGGUGUUUUGGGUGUGUUUGGUGUGGGGGUGUUGUGGUGUGUGGGUGUUUGUGGGUGGUGGUGUGGUUGUGGGUGUUUGGUGUGUGGGUUGGUGUGGGUUGGGUGUGGGUGGGGGUUGGUUGGUGGGGUUUGGUUGUGGUGUGGGGUGUGUGGGGUGUUGUUGGUGGUGUGGGUGGGGUUGUGUGGGUGGGGUGGGUGGUUGGGGUGGGGGUGGUGUGGUGUUGUGGGUGUUGGGUGGGGGGGUGGUGUUGUUGGGGGUUGGUGGGGGUUGGGUUGUGGGGUUGGGUGGGGUGGUUGUGUGGUGUGUGUGGGGUGUUGUUGGGGUGGGUUUGGGUUGGGGUGUUGGGGGGGGUGGUGGGGUUGGGGGGGUGUGGUGGGUGGGUUGUGGUGGGUUGGUGGGGGUUGUGGUGGGGGUGUGGUUUGUGGUUGGUGUGUGGUGUUGGGGGUUGUGGGGGUGGUUGGUGGGGGGGGUGGGGUGGUGUGGGUUGGUGUGUGGGGGUGGUGGGGGUUGGGUGGUGUUUUUGGUUUGUGUUUGGGUGUGGUGUGGGUGGUUGUGGUGGGGUUGUGUGUGGUGGGUUUUUGUGGGGUGGGUUAUGUGUGGGGUGGUGGGGGUUGGGUGUGGUUGGGGGGGUGUGGGGGUUGGGGUGUGGGUGGGGUGGGGUGUUGGGUUGGGGUGGGUGGGGGGUUGGGUUGGUGUGUUUGGUGUUGGGUUGUGGGUGUUGGGGGUUGUGUUGGGGGUUGGUGUUGUUGGUGGUGUUGUUGGGGUGUUGGUGUGGGGUUGGGUGGGGUGGUUUGGGGUGGUGUGGUUGUGGUGGUGGGGGUGGUUUGUGGGUGUGGGUUGGGGUGGGUGGGUGUGGGGGGGUGGUUGUGGGGUUGGGUGGGGUGGGGGUGUGGUUGGGGUGGGUUGUGGGGGUGUGUGGGGUGUGGGGUGGGGGUGGGUGUGGGGGUGGGUGGGGGGGGGUGGGGGUGGUGGGGGGGGUGUUGGUGUGGGGGGGGGUGGGGGGGUGGUGGGUGUUGGGGGUGGUUGGUGGUGGGUGUGGUUGGGGGUUUGUUGGUGGUUGGGUGGGGGGUGUGGUUGGGGGGGGUGGUGGUGGUGGUUGGUGUUGUGUUGGUGGGUGUGUUGGGUGGGGGUUGUGGGGUGUUGGUGGGUGUGUGGGUUGGGGGUGGUGGGGUGGGGGUGGGUUGUGUGGGUGGUGGGGUGGGUGGGGGUGGUGGUGUUGGUGGGGGUGGGGUGUGUGGGGUGGUGUGGGUGGUGGUUGGGUGGGGGGGGUGGGGGGGUGUGUGGGGUGGGGGUGGUUGGUGGGUGGGGGUGUGGGUGGUUGGUGUUGGGUGGGUUGGGGGUUUGUGUUGUUUUGGUGGGUUGGGGUGGGGUGGUGGGGUGGUGUUGGGGGGGGUGGUGGUUGGGGGUGGGGUGGUGUUGUGGGGUGUGGGUGUGGGGGGGGUGGGUGUGUGGUGUGUGUGGGUGGGGGGGUGGGUGGGGUUGGUGUUGGGUGGGGUGUUGGUGUGGGGUGUGGGGUGUGGUUGGGGUGUGGGUUGGGGUGUGGGUGGUGUUGGGGUGGGGUGGUGGGUGUGGGUUGGGGUGUUGGGUGGUGGGGGUGUGUUGGUGGUUGUGGGUGUUGGGUUUGGGUGGGGGGUUGUGGUGUGUGGGGGUGUGUGGGGUGGUUGUGGGUGUGGGUGUGGUGUGGUGUUGGGGGUGUGUGGGUGGGUGGUGGGUGUGGGUGUGUGGGUGGUGGGUUGGUGGGGUGUGGUGUUGUGGGUUGUGUUGUGUGGGGUGGGUUGUGUGGUGUGUGGGGGUGUUUGGGUGUGGGUUGGGUGGUGUGGUUGGGUGUUGGUGGGGGUUGGGUUGGGGUGGUGUGGUGGGGGUUGGUUGGGGUGUUGGUGUGGUGGGUGGGGUUGUUGGUUUUUGUGGGUGGUGUGGUUGGGGUUGGUGGGGGUGUGGGUGGUGUGGUGGGGUGGGGGUGUGUGUGGGGGGUGGGGUGGGUGUUGUGGGUGGGUUGUUUGGUGUGUUGGUGGGGGUGUGGUGUUGGUGUUGUUGUGUGUGAGGUGGUGUUGUGGUGUGGUGUUUGUGGGUUGUGGUGGUUGGUGUGUUGUUGGGUGGUUGGUGUUGGUGGGGGUGGGUGGGGUGUUGGUUGGUGGUGGGUGUGUGGGGGUUGUGGUAUGUGGUGGGGGUGGGGUGUGUUUUAGUGUUGUGUGGGUGGUUAGUUGGUGUGGUUGUGGGUGGGUGUUGGGGUUGGUGUUGGGUGUUUGGUGGGUGGGGUGUGUUGGGUGGUGGGUGGGUGGUGUGUUGGGUGGGGGUGUGGUUGUUGGGGGGUGUUGGGUGGGUGGUGUUUGGUGGUUGUUGGUGUGGGUGGUGUGGGUGGUUGGGGUGGGGUGUUGUGGGUUGGGUGUGUUGUGGUGGUGGGUGUGGUGGGUGUUGGUUGUGUUGUGGGGUGUGGGUGUGGUGGGGUGUUGGGUGGUGUGUGGUGGGUGGUUGGUGGGUGUGUGUUGGUGGUUGUGGGUUUGUGUUGGUGGUGGGGUGGGGUGUUUGGGUGUUGUGGUGGGGUGGUUGUGGUGGUGGUGGGGGUGGUUGUGGGUGUUGGGUGUUGUGUGGUUUGGUGUGGGGGGUGGGGGUGGUUUGUGGGGGUGUGGUGUUGGUGGUGGUGGUGGUUGUUGGUGUGUGGUGGUGGGUUUUGGUGGGUGUGUGGUGGGUGUGGUGGUGGGUUGUGGGUGGGGUGGUGGUGUUGGGUGGGUGUUGGUGUGUGGGUGUGUGGUGUGGGGUUUGGUUUGUGGGGUUGGUGUUGGUGGGUGUGUGGUGUGUUGUGGGGUGGUGGGGGUGGUGGGGUGGGGUGUGGGGUUGGGUUGGUGGUGGGGUGUGGUUGGUGUGGGGGUGUUGGUGGUGGGGUGUGUUGUGGUUGUUGUUGGGGUGUGUGUGGGGGUUGGUGGUGGGUGGGUGGUGGUGUUGGUGGGGGUGGUUGGGGGGUGGGUGGGGUUGGUGUGGUGGGUGUGUGGGUGGGGGUGGUGGUGGGUGUGGUUUUGGGGGGGGUGUUGGGUUGUGGUGUGGGUUUGGGUGUUGGGGUGUGGGGUGGGGUUGGUGGGUGGUGUUGGUGGGUGUGGUUGUGGGGGUGGUGUGGUGGGUGUGGUGUUGGGGUGGUUGUGUGGGGUUGUUGGUGUGUGGUGGGGGUUUGGGUGUGUGGGGUGGGGGGGUGGGGUGUGGGGGUGGUGGUGGGGUGGUGUGGGGGGUGGGGGUGGGUGUUGGGUGGUUGUGGGGUUGGUGUGGGGGUGGGGGUGUUGUUGUGGUGUGUGGUGGGUGUUGGGUUGUGUUGGGGUGGUUUGGUGGUUGUGGGGGGGGGGUGUGGGUGGGGUGUGGUGGGGUUUGUGGUUUGGUGGGGGGGUGUGGGGUUGGUUGUGGGUGGGGGUGUGGUGGUGGGUGUGGGGUUGGUUGGGGUGGGGGGUGUUGGUUGUGGUGGGUUGGUGGGGUGUGGGUUGGUUGGGGUUGUUGGGUGUUGUGGGUGUUUGGUGUGGUUGGGGUGGGGGGGUGUGGGGUUGUUGUGGGGUGGGUGGUUGUGGUGGGUGUGGGGGGUGUGGGGGGGUGUUGUGGGUUGGGUGGGUGUGUUGGUGUUGUGGGGGGGGGUGGUGUGGUGGGGGUGUGGUGGGUUGUGUGUGGGGGGGGGUGGUUGUGGUGUGGGGGUGGGUGGGGUGGUGGUGUGGGGGUGUGUGUUGGGUUUUGGGGUGUUGGUGUGGGGGGUGGGGGGUGUUGGGUUGUGGGUGUGUGGGUGGGGGUGUUUUGGUGUUGGUUGGUUGGGUUGUGUGGGGGUGGUGUGGGGGUGGGUGGGGGUGGGUGUGUUGUGGUUGUGGGUGUGUGUGGGGUGGUGGUGUUUUUGGUUUUGGUGGGGUGUUGGUUGUGGUGUUGGUGGGUUUGGUGUGUUGGUGGGGGGUUGGGGUGGUUGUGGUGUUGUGGGGGUGUUGGUGGGGGGUUUUGGUGUGGUGGUUGGGGUGUUUUGUGGUGUGGGUUGGGGUUGGGUGUGGUGGUGGGGGUGUGGGUUGUGGUGGUGGGGGGUUGGGGGGUGGGUGUUGGGGUGUGGGUUGGGUUGGUGUGUGUGGGUUGGGUUGUGGUGGGGUGGUGUGGGGUGGGUGUUGGGUUGGUGUUGUGGUGGGGGUGUGUUGUGGUGGUGGGGGGUGGGGUGGGUUGUGUGUUUGGUUGGGGGGGUGGUGGUGGGGGGUGUUUGGGUUUGUGGGUGGUGUGGUGGUUGUGGGGUGGGGUUGGGUGGGUGGUUGGUGUGGGGGUUGUGUUGGUGGGUGUGGGUGGUGGGUGGGUGGUUGUGGGUUGUGGGGGUUGUUGGUGUUGGUGUGUUUGGUUGGGGUUGGGUUGGUGGGGUUGGGGUGUGUUGUGUGUGGUGUUGUUGUGGUAUGGGGUGUGUUUGGGGGUUGUGUUGUGGGGUGGGGUGUGUGUGUGGAUGUGGGUGUGGUGGUUGUGGUGGUUGGGUGGGGUGGGGUUGGGGGGGGUUGGGUGGGUGGGUGUGGGGUGGUUUGGGGUGGUGUGGUUGUGAUGGUGGGGGUUGGGUUAGGAGGGGGGGGUUUGGGUGGUGGGGAGUGGUUGGUUUGGUGGGGUUGUGUGGUUUUGUGGGGGUUGUUGUGGGGGGGUGGUGGGUGGUUGUGUGGUAGUGGGUGUGGUGAGUUUGGGUGUUGGGUUGGGAGGGGGGGGGGUUGGGGGGUGGGUGGGGUGGUAUGGGUGGGUUGGGGGUUUGAUGGGGUUGUGUGGGGUGGUGUGUGUGGGGUGGGGGGUGGUUGGUGGGGAGGGAGGGUUAGGGUGGUGUUGGGGGUGGUGUGUUGUGUUGGGGUUUUGUGUUGUGAUGGUAGGGUGUGGUGGGGUUUGUUGGGAAUGGGUGGUUUGUGGGGGGUUGUUGUGGGGUUGUGGUUGGGGGGUGGAGGGUUGGGUUGGUGGUGGGUGAGGUGGGGUUGGGUUGGGUUGGUUUUGUGUGGGUGGGUGUGUGGUGGGUUGGGGGUGUGA